UUCUGGGUAGAUUUCAAGCUUUAGGCUAGAGCAGUUAAAAAUCUCAACAAUACCAUUAUCUACUUUCAAACAAAUCCUUGUUCCAGAGUCUACCUGUCCUUUUUUCUUUCGCCUCGACUCCCAAUCAACCAGAGGUCGAAUCCCGGGCAGUUGUGAUUCAGGCUUGGCUUCUAAAGAUGAGGAGAUUAUUAUGGGUGUUUAUGAUUAUUGUUUUGGCGCCGCAAUGUUAUGGAGAUCAGGCUGCUGAUAAAAUAACUAAGCUCCCUGGGCAGCCUGAUGUGUCGUUUGAUCAAUAUGCAGGCUAUGUUACAGUCAGUCAAAAAGAUGGAAGAGCUCUUUUCUAUUGGUUAACUGAGGCUUCAGCAGAAUCCUCCUCCAACCUUCCUCUUGUAUUGUGGCUUAAUGGAGGUCCAGGGUGUUCAUCAGUGGCCUAUGGAGCCUCAGAGGAAAUCGGGCCUUUCCGUAUAAAGAAGGAUAGCUCUGGACUAUACCUGAAUGAGUUCUCCUGGAACAGUGUUGCAAAUUUACUGUUUCUUGAAUCUCCUGCUGGAGUGGGGUUUUCUUAUACAAAUACAACGUCCAACCUGUAUAAUACUGGGGACAAGAGCACUGCUCAGGAUGCGUUUACAUUUCUUGUUCACUGGUUCGAUCGAUUCCCACAAUACAAGCACCGAGAAUUUUACAUAUGUGGAGAGAGCUACGCAGGACAUUAUGUUCCACAGCUUGCGAAGAAAAUCUAUGAAUUCAACAGGAAACUGAAAUCUUCUCCCUUCAUCAAUCUCAAGGGCUUUAUGGUGGGAAAUGCAGUUAUAGAUGAUCACUAUGAUGGGGUUGGAACUACGCGUUACUGGUGGAACAGUGCCCUAAUAUCAGAUUCAACUUAUUACUCUAUCAUGAAAACCUGCAACUUUAGCUCACAUAAUUAUUCAUUGGCCUGCAAUGUGCUUCUAGAUGAUGUUGUAAACCAGGAGAUGGGCAACAUAGACCAAUACAGUAUUUAUACUCCAGUAUGCACUGAAGCAGAAGGGAACAAAACCAAACAGUUCCAGAGAUUUAGAAAAUCGCUGCUGAGAAGGAAAGCUGGGUACGAUCCUUGCACUGAGAAUUAUGCACAGAUAUACUACAAUCGCAGAGAUGUGCAAAAAGCUCUGCAUGCUAAUACCACUGGCAUGCCUUACAGUUGGACUGAUUGCAGUAAUGUACUGUUCGAAAACUGGGUUGAUUCAGAUUUUUCAAUACGUCCCAUUUACAAAGAGCUUAUUAAAGGAGGUCUUAGAAUUUGGGUUUUCAGUGGUGACACCGAUGCUGUAGUUCCAGUGACAGCAACCAGAUUAUCUUUAGCUCAUCUCCAUCUUAAAGUUAAAACUCCUUGGUAUCCAUGGUACACAAAUAAUCAGACCGUUGGUGGGAGGAGUGAAGUAUAUGAAGGGCUUACUUUUGCUACAGUGAGGGGUGCUGGGCAUGAAGUUCCUCUUCACCAACCUCGCAGAGCUUUGAUUCUUUUCAAGUCAUUUCUGAAAGGACAUAGCUUGCCUAGCAGCAGAUUGCCAAGAAAUUAAGGCCAGCAUUUACUUGUUUCUUUAAUUUUCUUCUGCAGGUGAUUUAAUUCUUUACAAUAGGGAAGGUCAAUAAGUGGAUCAAGGUUGUUCAUAUUUUGAAAAACAAAAGGAAUUAAUAAGAUGAGAUUCACUUCAAAAAGAAAAAAUUAGUGAGAUCAAAUUUUCAUGCUUGAUUAUCUUC